GCAAUAUAGUGAAGACUAUCCUCUCUCACUCGCUCCGGACAGGAGCUCAAUCUCACUGCAAAGCUGAGAAAUCCACUGAGGAGCAGAGAUUUUGGAAGCAAAUCCAUUGCCGGUUUACCUGAAGCUCAACAGUAUUUCAGCAGAAUGGAACAAGCUCAACUACCUUGUGUCAUCCAAGCUCUACCCGCCUCUUCUACCUCAGAUAAGUGCACACCCACUAAGCAAGACACUUCUAAUAGCAAAUAUGAUAGCACACCCUCCCAACAGGAUGCUGGUAUUAUUCAGACAGCAGCAAGUUCUCGACGCACCCGUUCUCAAACUGUCCCUGAUUGGACGCAACAAGAGAUGCUCAUUCUUGUGAAUGAGAUCGCAUCAUUGGAUGAGGACUGGCUUAAAUCUCUAUCCUCGUAUCAGAAAUGGAAGAUUGUGUCUGACAACUGUGCAGCUUCUGAUGUCAUUAGGUCUUCAAACCAGUGUAAGAGAAGAUGGGAGGUGCUGCUAGCUGAUCACAGGAAGAUUAGGAAAUGGGAAUCUCAGUCACGGGGGAGUUCAUAUUGGUCACUGGAUGAUCAGCGGAGAAAAGAUUCUGGUCUUCCACUUUUCUUUGACCAUCAAGUGUUUGAUUCCAUGGAUGCUGUUAUCAAGGUGGAUCAGACAGGAUUGAGGGACAGUGAUUCGGAAGACCUUAGUAUUGCUAAUGCUGAGGUAGAACAGCAGGUGGAUGUCGACAGUGGUUCAGGUUGUGAAGAGGAAACAUGGAGUAAGACAGAUGAAAUGGCCUGCAAGCUUGAGGACAAUGCUAAGUGGAUACACACCAUAUUGAAUGGUGAACUAGAAGGGACACCGGAGACCAUCAUUGAGUUUACGAGGCAACAAGCUACAGAGCUGAUCAAAGCCUUUGGGGCUCUCACUGGCACCCUUGAUGAGUUUGUAGAUUUAAUCAAGGCUGGUGAGUUUGAAAGAAUUGCAACUUGUAACUCACUGGCCUAGUAUUGUGUUGUGUUGUAUUGUAUCGCCUGUAACUUGUGUACGUAGUUGCUGCACUGUAUUGCUACAGUUGUCUCUUGUCUUUGGAGGGAUUAGUAGAUGUGUGUUUUUUAUUUUAA